GCUGGCUGGGUCAUUCCGUACUCUAGAUACAAACAGCAAUGCCUGAACCAGGAAAAGCCGCCCCGAAGAAGGGCUCCAAGAAAGGAGUGACAAAGGCCGCCGGCAAAGGCGGCAGGAAGAGGAGAGCGCGCAGAAAGGAGAGCUAUGCCAUCUACGUGUACAAGGUGCUGAAGCAGGUGCACCCCGACACCGGCAUCUCGUCCAAGGCCAUGGGCAUCAUGAACUCGUUCGUCAGCGACAUCUUCGAGCGCAUCGCCGGCGAGGCGUCCCGCCUGGCCCACUACAACAAGCGCUCCACCAUCACGUCCAGGGAGAUCCAGACCGCCGUCAGGCUGCUGCUGCCCGGAGAGCUGGCCAAGCACGCCGUGUCCGAGGGCACCAAGGCCGUCACCAAGUACACCAGCUCCAAGUAAACCCGCUGACAUCCAGCAACACACCAACGGUCCUUUUCAGGACCACACACUCUGAACGCUGAGAGAUCACGUCCUGGUUAUCGCAUACAUGAGUGGUUCCACCAAAUGGGUGCCAUUAUGUCGAUGUUGGUGAAUGUGACAUUUUAUGGUUAGUAUAGAACAUAUUACACUGCAUGAACAUUUCUUUCAAUGCAGUUAUUUAAGAUUGUAUUAUUUAUUUGUUUUUUCGUUUGUAUUGUAUCACUCCACGCUAUCUGUCAUGUACCUGAUCAUGUUUGGCUCUAAACUCAGUCCUGUCACAUUACAUACAGGUGGUCUGUGCAGUUUUGGAUUGUUAGCUUUAGUUGCUAUAAUGCUGCUGAUGACAACUGACCUGAUUUAAGUGUUGUUGUCUGAUGUAGUGAAGUUGUUCACAUCUAUGUGAAGACCAGCUGACAGGGAACCAACCCACUGCUAUCGUGCUCCACGUGAUGCUGACCAGACAGAAGAAUGACAUAUUUAGAGGUCAUUAAUUGAUUUCAUUCCUAUUAUGAAAUAGUCUUACUUUUAAAAAAAAUUGAGUUAAACAAGUUCUUUUUCUUGGUUUAUUUUUUUGUUCAGUUUGAUUAUGGAAUUACAUGAUUAAAGGAAAAGUGGAUAUUUGAUGUUUGGAUCUGCUUUAAAAAAAAAAAAAAAAGUAUAUAUAUAUAUAUUUCUAUCAUGCAUGAAUUCCUGUUUAGUUAAUUUUGGUCAAAAUAUUGAUUAUUUGAAAACAUGAACAACUGUUUCUGUAAAGUCAACACUAAAUAAAUUAACGUGGUUUUAAAUGACAAAUUAGUUUAGGGGACAGGACUCAGAACAAUAAAACUAUCUUGUGCCACAAA